UUAUCAUGCCAUCCAUUGAUUCAGACCAGAACAAACACCUUUUCUUAAGAUGUCUAGCUUGCUGUCUGUCUCUUCUAGAGCCUCCAGAUGUCCAGAAACAGCUCUGUGUUUGUUCAGUUCACAGCUCUGCUCCAAUCUAAAUGUGAAAUUUCUGAUUUUCUCUCCAGGACUCCAGGCUGAAGAUAAACACCAAUCAACAGGUUCUCAGUGUGAAAGCACAGCCAAGGCUGACAUCAUGCUGUUGGUCGACGGAUCCUAUAGCAUUGGCCUUACAAACUUUGCAAUCAUUAGGUCCUUUCUAAAUCAAACAGUCAGCAACUUCGAUAUCGGCCCUGACAAAGUCCAGAUCGGUCUGGUUCAGUACAGUGACGACCCAAAUACGGAGUGGCAGCUGAACACCCACCAGACCAAAAAAUCCCUGAUGAGGGCCAUAGCCAACCUGCCAUACAAAGGAGGAAACACCUACACAGGAGAAGCUCUGAAACACAUCCUCCAUAACAACUUUAAACCCAAUGUGGGAAUGCGUGCAGACUCCCACAAAAUUGCUAUCCUGAUUACUGAUGGAAAGUCUCAGGACAACGUAUCCCUCGCCUCGCAGCACCUGAGAGACACUGGCAUUGAGGUCUACGCUAUUGGUGUAAAGAGUGCAAACGAGGAUGAGCUGAGGGUCAUCGCCUCAGAUCCUAUUAAAAACCACGUGUACACGCUCAGUGACUUCUCAUCCCUCCUGGACAUCGUUGACAACCUCACCAUCAACCUCUGUAACAGUACCAACAGCAGCCUAGACUCUGUCAGGCUGGUGAAUGGGACUACUAUGUGUUCAGGCAGACUGGAGGUUAAGUUUAACCAGUUUAACCAGUCGUGGUCUUCAGUGUGUGAAGCUGACUUUGACCAGCAGGAUGCAGAGGUGGUCUGUAGGGAGCUCGGCUGUGGGGCUCCC